AUGUGGUUCCUACUAUGGCUCACUGCUGGAUUCGGACUCUCCAUGGCAGAUAUGUCCAACAUGAAUAUCUACUAUAUGCCAGUGACUGCACAGAUCCCAAUUGUCAGAGACGUAAAGGCUUCUAACAGCCCAUUCUGUAGCACUUGGGGAAACCACCAUUUUAAGACCUUCGAUGGACAGUUCUUCCAGCUGCCAUUUGUCUGCAACUAUAUCUUUGCAUCCCACUGUAAAAACAACUACGAGUCUUUUAAUAUUCAGCUGCAACGAAAGAGAAACCUACAGAAGCCCAGUCUUCAUAGAGUUGAGAUGAAACUGGAUGGUGUCAAUGUGGAACUGUACAAAAACAAAAUUAAAGUCAACAAUCAGCUGGUCACAGUGCCUCAUGCUGAGAAUGGCGUUUCGAUUAAAAAAGAGCGGGCCUAUAUAAGGAUUGAGGCAGAGUUGGGACUGGUGGCUUUCUGGAAUGAAGAGGAUGCUUUCUGGGUUGAGUUAAAAAGCAAAUUUCAAAAUCAAACUUGUGGUCUGUGUGGUGACUUCAAUGGAGUACGGAAUGAGUUCAUCAUUGAAGGGUGA